AUGGACAGCGUGCCCAGCCACUCGGGGGGCGACGACGUCGAGCACCGCACUAUGACCUUCAAAGGCCUGUACGGAACUAGCAUUGGCUGCCGGCAACGCGCAAGGGCAAACGAUUGGAUCUUCGGGGACAAACAAGGCCUGCUGACGUCACGAUCAACGUAUCCAGGCGCGGGAAAGUACGCCGGCACGUUGCUAGCCGACAACCACUCAAACUGGCCCGACAUGCAACGCUCCAUUCCGGCUAUGCUCGAGUUUGGACUGUUUGGAAUUCCUUACGUUGGUGCUAGCAUCUGCGGUUUCCAUGGAAACGCGGGAGAGGAGUUGUGCCAGCGAUGGAUGCAAUUGGGAGCGUUCUAUCCGCUCUGCUGGAAUCACAACGCUCAGGACCAAACGCCGCAGGAUCCAUCGUACUUUAGCGGAGACAUGCAGCAGGCGAGUCUUACAGCAAUGCACGUCAGAUAUAGUCUGCUACCCUAUCUCUACACGCUCUUCCAUCACGCGCAUGUGAGAGGACAUUCGGUAGCGCGCCCUCUAUUGAACGAAUUUUCAAAUGACCCUAAUACCUACGACAUCGAUCGUCAGUUCAUGUGGGGUCCAGGCCUGCUCAUUAGCCCUGCGCUUGACCAGGGUAGCACCAACGUCAGAGCUUACUUCCCACCGGGACUGUGGUACGACUAUUACACUGCCACGAAGGUGCGACAGGGACUGCGCACGUUGAAAACUCCGCUGGAUAGAGUUAAUAUACAUUUUAGGGGCGGUUAUAUAGUACCCGGCCAAGUCCCCGGCAACACGACGCAAUUCAGCCGUAAGAACGUGAUGCGGCUGUUCGUAGCACUAGACCACGCCGAGCGAGCUAGCGGUGAGCUGUACUGGGACGAUGGUGAGACGAAAGAUGCAUACGAGAAAGGGGAAUAUCUCUCUGUCAAGUUCACAUGCAGUUCAGAACAACUUAGAUGGACAGCGGAACACAACUCCCUAAGGGGUGAAAGGCUGCACGUCGGUUUCAUCGACAUCUUGGGCAUGCCGCACUAUCCCCGGAGAAUCCUCAUAGAUGGCGCGACGGUCCUCAAACCCGGACAGUACGAAUGGCAGUCGAGCACAAAUUUCCUCGCGGCUAAAAGCGGUUCCAGAUGUAUCCAAUGAAGCCAG